AUGGCCGCCCAGUAUGAGACCGUCGUCAAGUUCCGAGAGGUGACGCCACGAACCUUUUCACCCGACCCAGACACGCACCGGGGCCGCAGGAGAGAACGUAGCCUCACGAGGUGUGACCUAGAGGCCACUCACUAUGGCGGCACCGGCGAGUCCAGCACGCUACGGGGCCGACCCCGCCGACGAUCGACCUCGCCGGUGGCACUAUCAUCGAGAGCUUCUUCACGAGCCAUUCCGAGCAACUCCGUGUCCCCUACGAGGAAGCUUCUUCUUCGCAUCGUUCUUCUCGAUCGGCGACGGGGCCAGAGCCCCUCCCGGUCCCGGUCUCCCAACCACCAGCAAGCCCCACGCCGGCGCCGCCAUCGAACGCGGAGCCGAAGCCGGACCCAUACCAAGGAGGUGUAUCAGGCCAAGGACCAGCUGUCUCGGCCCACCCAAGAGCCACUAUACAAGAAGGGGGGCAAAUCUGCCCAAGACUGA